CGCGUACGCAUGUUAUAGUGUCAGUUAGUUUACGAGUUUUGCGGGUGUAUGUUUUUAUUUGUUUGUUGCCAUAUUUCGGAGCAACUAUCGUUGUAUCAUCAGCCCCAUAACCCAGGGCCAGUCGAGAGCGCACCGCAGUCGCCGGCGGAAGAAAUUCUGUCCAAAGAGCUGCCGCCGCCUUAUCGGGAGAACGAGGAUGUCCCCGACGAUCCACAAAUAUAUGAGCCAAAUCCCAUCCCACCAUGCGAAGUCCUAGACCUGCUAGCCAACUGCAAGAUCCCGGGCAUUCCGGCCCAAUCCGACGUCGAGUACGCAGAGAUCCAGGAACAGCCGGUGCAGGAGAUGGGUCUGUGGCACUCCACGCCGCUGGCUCAUCGGCACAAGUCUAAGAUAUCGCUCACGUGGGUGCUGAAGGAAAAUGCGGAGAACACGAAACCUCAGAACGACGUCAGAUACCAGCGCCAAUUCGAAGACCGUUUCAAAACCACCAAGCUACGCGAAACCAGAGUCGUUGGUCGAAACGAGUACUACCACAACCUUCGGUUCCGCAGUGCUUGCGAGGAGUUCGUAAGUCAAGACACGCUGUCAGACGAGACCAGUACUGAGGAGUAUGUGAGAAGGAAACACAGGCAUAGGCAUCGGAGGAAGAAGAGGAAUCAGGAGCGGUUCGGAUACGAUAUCAGGGAUUUGGACAGCUUCUUGAGUGAGGCAUCAAUAGACCAUCCAGGCAACAUUCCAGUAGUAAUCGCAUAUCCAACAACGCUGUACCAAACUCAGAAAGACCUGCAAAGAGAGGUAACGCUGCCGCUCGGUACGGUGGUCAACGCGGUGUUCAAAAACAAGCAGUGGUUGUACGUGCAAACUCCGCACGGGGACGAGGGAUAUGUCGUAUACAGCGCGUGUCUGCCGCUCGGGAUACUGCCUAAUAGGACAUCCCAAAAAAAGACGCCAUGCUGGGAAAGCAGCACAGACAUCUACCCUCGACCUUGCGGCAACCUAACCGACAACGAAAAAGAACAACUUCGCACCCGCACCCGCUCCGAAACCCGCUACAAACCGCGCAAGCAGCGCUGCGCGGAAAAGGACUUUGACUCCUUAUACUUAAGGACCAAAUCAGUUUGCUCCAAUAUAGACAACAUAGAAAAAAAGUCUACCAUAGACAAAAGAAAAAUAAAAAGACAGACGUUGUUAGUAGUGAAUAGUGAUCAUAAAGGAAGUGUGUUGAACAAAACGUUGACAGUGAGAGAGGGAGAUGUAGUAGUGUUGGUGGAAAGGGGAGAGACUGAUGUGGAUGCGGACUGGUUCUAUGUGAGGAAAAGAGAUGGCAGUCAGGGCUUUAUACCGGCCGUUAUAGCAGGUCAUGGGUAUAUUUAAAUUAUUGUAAUCUUAAGUAUAGUCUGGCACACACAUCAACUUUGUCAGUAGGAAAAGGCGGGAAAUUAAAAAAAAUGUAAGCGCAGAGUUCUUCCCAUUGAAAAUUUAAAUUUCGCCUUUUUCUACUUACAAGUUGGGUGUGUAUAAAAAUAGUCAUCAAAAUUAUCGUCAGAUCUGAAGGCUCAAGUUAUCAUAAUGUUUACUCACUUCUGACGUGUAGCGCCCUUUGAAUAUCAAUAGAUACUUAGGUCAAUGUGGUCAAAACCGCAGUUGCAAAAACUUUUCGUAUUGGUAACAUUUAAUAAUUGGGACAGGUAGUCAUCAUUGUUUCUUUUAUCAUUUUGACUCCUAACUUAGCCAAAACGACGUUGAAGUUUAAAAUUCAGAAUUUAAUUUGAGGCUUUUACCACCUAGAUAUCGAGUCGAGAUGGGAGAAGUUUAAGACUAACUUUGCAACCGGGCAUAAUUGAUAAGUUAUAUGCAUUUAUA